UAAAAAGUCUUCAUAUUUUGCAUCAUUUUUUACCCGCUUCCACACCAUUUCUCGCUAAAAAAAUAUCAUGGCUUCACCCGUUUCUUCAAUUUCCUCAAUUUCAUCAAUGUCUUCAUCGUCUUCGUCCGAGUGGUAUUCAUCAUCUUCGGAAGAGGAUGUUAUUAUGCACAACAUGAUUAUGAACGCGGCUCAAGUGUUCAUGUCGGCCGCUGAAGGGUCGUCCCAACCGCUAACCAGACGAGCAAAAUAUAAUCGAGACCAAGAAGCCGGCCACGAUAAACUAGUAGCCGAUUAUUUUGCCGACGAACCCGUGUACCCAGCCGAGAUUUUUCGACGUCGUUUCCGCAUGAGUCGUCGACUGUUCUUACGUAUUGCAGGCGACAUGGCCCAGUCUGAUCCGUUUUUUACAUUGCGAAACGAUGCUAGGGGUCAAAGGGGUUUCAGCAAUUUACAAAAAUGUACGUCGGCCAUUCGCCAACUUGCGUACGGUUACGCACCAGAUGCAUUAGACGAGUACAUUAGGAUGUCUGAAAGAACCGCACGUCGAUGUUUAUACAAGUUUUGCCAAUGGGUUGUCAAAUUGUAUAGCAAGCGAUACCUGCGGAAACCGAACGUAAACGACGUUCAAAAAUUAUAUCAAGCCCACGAACAGAGACAUGGUUUCCCAGGAAUGCUCGGGAGCAUUGAUUGCAUGCACUGGCAGUGGCAGAACUGCCCGGUUGCAUGGCAAGGUCAGUAUACUAGGGGAGAUCAGGGACAUCCGACUAUCAUUCUAGAGGCUGUUGCGUCACAGGAUCUCUGGAUAUGGCAUGCUUUUUUUGGUCUACCUGGUUCACUCAACGACCUCAACAUCAUAUACCAGUCACAGAUUUUUGAUGAUGUAGUGGCGGGUACAGGUCCAGACACAAGCUUUACGGUUUCAGGGGUGGAGUACAGGCGAGGUUACUACCUAGCCGAUGGGAUAUACCCAACGUACUCGACAAUUGUUAAAACUGUCCCGCACCCGACCGACGACAAAAGGAAAAAAUUUGCAAAGUUUCAGGAGGGCGCAAGAAAAGAUAUUGAACGGGCUUUUGGUGUUCUACAAAAAAAUGGCACAUCAUUUCUAUUCCAGCACGUUCGCAAACACCAAGGAGGUUACGACACAUUAUGUACGCUUGUAUCAUCCUUCAUAACAUGAUCAUUGAAGACGAAGGGAGAGCGAUAUGUGAUUACGACGAAAACGCGUCUACUGGAAAUUCUGUUCCAGUUAGUGAGCAAGAACAAGAUUUGAACGCCUUCGCUCUACGUAACGAGUACACACAUCACAACCUACAAGCGGACUUGGUGGAGCAUAUUUGGAACAACGCUGAAAACGAACCCGCCCACCACAUGGAAGACGACGACUAGUAGCUUAUUUUAGUAUGUUAGGAUAUUUUUACGUU